AUGUCAUCAAUUUACUUCAAUGGUCCGAACUCUGAACUUCAGGUUGGAAUCAAUAAUGGUGCGAUCACCGCCCAGCUUCAUGUCCCACCGGAACGGCCCGAAACCCCGCCCCAUCCACUCUCCACCGUUCCGUUCCGUCGAGAUCCAGACUUCGUCGAUCGCGGGACACUUCUCGACCAGAUCCGUGAAAAGUGCUCCGCUCCUGCUUCUCGAAUCGCGCUUGUCGGUCUCGGUGGCGUUGGGAAAUCGCAACUUGCCAUCGAAUACUGUUACCAAGUCCGCGAGAAUUUCCCGAACACUUGGGUCUUCUGGGUACACACGAGUAAUGCUGCUCGAUUCGAGCAAGGCUUCCGGGAAAUUGCCGACCGUGUUAAAAUCCCCGGUCGGAAAGAUCCUAAGGCCGAUGUCUUCCAACUCGUUCGGGACUGGCUCAGCGAUGAGAGGAAGGGCAAAUGGAUUCUAGUCUUGGACAAUGUCGAUGACGAUGAGUUUCUGAACAAGGCUGCCCCUGGUGACUCGGUGAGCACGACGGGAAAGGCCCUCAUCGACUAUAUUCCUCAGAGCCCAAAUGGGUUCUUGAUCAUCACCAGCCGCAGUGCAGCGGUUGCCUCGCGGAUUGUCGAGCCAAGUGAUAUCAUCGCAAUUGGACCAAUGCACAAGACGGAUGCGCGACUGCUUUUCCAGAAGAAGCUCGAUGUUCAACAGAACCUAGCUGGAGAUGAGGUGGAAGAGCUUGUCGCCGCCCUGGAGUAUAUGCCGCUUGCGAUCGUGCAAGCCGCAAGCUAUAUCAGAUACCGCUUGCCGCGCUUUUCUGUUUCACAAUAUCUGAAACUCUUCCAGAAGAGUGAUCGCAGGAAGCUGAGUCUUCUGGACAACGAAGGAGGCCAUCUUCGUCGAGAUCGAGAGGCGCAUAACUCUAUCAUGAUUACAUGGCAGAUAACCUUCGAUCACAUGCGACAGACUAGGCCAUCAGCAGCGGAUCUGUUGUCGCUGAUGAGCUUUUUCGACAGACAGGGGAUUCCUGAAGCCUUACUCCGACAUCGAAGAGACAAAGGCGCUAGGCGUGCAGAUCCACCGGGGAAUGACCUGACAGGUUUGAGUGAUGAAGAGAGUACGUCCAGUUAUGACGACCAGUUCGAAAAAGAUGUUGUGAUAUUAGGAGACUAUUCUUUAAUCUCCAUAACAGAUGAAGAUGUCUUCGAAAUGCAUCGGCUGGUGCAACUUGCUACACGCAAGGGGCUCGAAGCACAUGGGCAAUUUGAACGUUGGAGAGAACGUUUCAUCAUUAUCCUUGGCGAGUCCUUCUUAACAGGGGGGUUUGGAUAUUGGGAAAGAUCUCAGGCACUUUUCUCACAUGUCCGAAUGGCUGUGCGACACAGGCCAGACACAGAACGUUCUCUUCAAGACUGGGCAGCGCUCAUGUAUAAGGCAGUCGCGUAUGCAGCGAUCAAAGGAAAUUGGGCGGAGGCAGUGAAGAUGGCAGAAAAGACCGAGAGAGCAGCAGCGAAGUUAUUAGGUCAAGAGCAUCCUAUCACACUACAGUGUACGCAGAUGAUAGGAUUGGUGUGUAUAGUGAAAGGGGAAUUGCACAAGGCCGAGUUGUGUUUCGCACAAGUGAUGAACAUCCGGAAGCGAGUACUGGGCUGCCAACACCCCGACACCUUGAAGACCAUGGCCCACCUCGCAUCAGCAUACUCAAGCCAAGCGCGAUUUAAGGAGGCUGAAGAGCUGGGAUUGCAAGUUAUGAAGGCCCACAAGUCAGCGCCGGGCCCUGGGCAUCCUGAAAUAUUGCACUGCAUAGGUCGACUUACAAUAAUCUACCUAGCGCAGAACCGAUUGAGAGAAGCUGAAGAGUUGGGCGUACAAGUAAUGGAUGGCUUGAAAAGAGUAUUAGGGCCAUAUCAUCCCGACACGUUGCUCGACCGUUGGAGAGAAGCCGAAGGGCUGAUACUGCAAGUAAUUGGUACCUACAAAAAAGUACUGGGUCCUACACAUCCUAACACAUUUUUGAGUAUGUCCCUGCUAGCAAAGAUAUAUGCAGAUCAGGGUCGACUAAGAGAGGCUGAAGAGCUGGAAGAGAAAGCCAUAGGCGGCCUAGAGAGAGAAUUAGGCCCAGAGCACCCAAGCACGCUGAUGUGUACCGCCAGCCUCGCAGCCACAUUUAGAGAACAGGGUCGAUGGGAAGAAUCCCAAAAGCUUCAAGAGAAAGUACUGAUUGCUUCUGACACACCACUGGGCCCUCAAAAUCCUCACACCUUGGCCAGCAUGCACGACCUUGCAAUCACGCUGAAGAAGCUGAAUCGAGAAGCAGAAGCCCGCGACUUAUCGACAAAUUGCACGCAGCUAAGCACGCGUGUCUUAGGCUCUGAUGAUCCUAUCACUAUGUCCUUCGGUGGGGUGCUGGCCCGCUGGCAAACCGAGACGCGGAACUAA